AUGGGUAUUUCUAUGAGUGGAUGUGAUAGAAGGGAAGGUCUUCGUCAAAUCCUAAGGAAGUCCGCCAGAAAUCUUAAGAAAGAGACGUUGACCACCUGGAAUGAUAAAAUGAAAGCAUUUGGCCUCUUCCCCACUAAUCUCUUAAAUGUAUUCGCAAUUCAUCACCCACCGUAUGCAAUAGUGCCCCAAACUCUUCGACCAGCUGGUCCUCCACGCGGGACCAGGACUGGUCCCCCCGGUCUUCGUCCCACCGUCCAACGAACCUCCGCCCACCCCCGCCCGGCUUUCGACUUCUUUCUUCCUGGCACCAUUCUCCGGCUCACCAUAGAUGCUCAUAGAUACGACAUCCGUAGUUAUAUUUAUUGGAUCACCGUCGUCUCGGCCCGGCCGGUCGGCUUCUAA